ACUUAAUGUCACGCAUUUCUAAGUUAUGAUUUGCUGAGUCACUGGUGCUCAUCAAAUUUAAUCAUCUUUUUAAAAUAAAACCGGGGUCAGGCUAAGAUGAUAAUUUUAAAUUGAAGCAAGUUAUAAACGGUCCUCGGCGUCUACUGCGAAAGUCACUCUUGCGAAGAUGGCACAACACAUAGGCACUCUCUUGGCUGUUCUUAGCGUUGUUGUAGUUUCGUCAACUGCAGUUAAAUGUCCUGGGACAGCCACAUACACAUUAUCGUGGAAAGCUACUUGGACCAAAGCAAAUCAUCCGAAUACAGUCCUUCCAAGCAGUGCACACUUUUCUCCUUUAAUAGGUUGCUCUCACAGUGCGGACUACAUCAUGUGGCGAAGAGGACAGAAAGCUUCUUCUGGCGUUAAGGUGGUCGCUGAAACAGGUCAAACUGGAACUCUUAAAGGCGAAAUAGAGUCUCAAAUCUCUGGGGGAAAAGCCUUGCAGCUCAUUCUGCCCGCGGGACCUGGGCUUGGUGCAGUGGAUGAACUGACCAGUAUUCAAGUCAAGGUUACCUCCAACUUUUCAAGGGUGUCUCUGAUCAGUAUGCUCGCUCCAUCCCCCGAUUGGUUCGUAGGAAUUGACAGCCAUGAUCUCUGUGACAAUGGCCAGUGGCGAGAGACCUGGAACGUGACCAUGUUACCACCGUAUGAUUCAGGCACAGAUAGCGGGCUUCAGUUUAACAGCGUCAAUCAAGCGACAGUGCCAUUCGUAGACAUUUUCCGGAUCACUAACACCAUGGAGGGUGCAUUUAAAGCCCCAAAUCCCAUCGUAAGCCUGGGAGAAUUCCGAUUUAAAGGGCUUAACCUCACGCAAAGCCAAAUGAAUAACACCGUAAUGAAUUACACGGAUGGCUCGGCAACGACUGUUCUGUAUAAACCAACUAGUACCAUGACUACGAAACUCUCACAAACCACAACGGCGCUGUACGACUCAGCCAGCAAAGAUUCGGUUGGCUUGUUGCUCUUUAUAGGCGCUCGUUUAAUACUGGCUUGGCUGUUUUGAGUUAAAAACUAAGCAUAGAGACUACAUAGAAACCCAGGGUGUACCAGAUGCUACACAGGGUAACGAUAUCCUAGGAGUAUAUUAGGGGUGUACCAGAUGUCAUAGUGAGAAGCUGACGUAUCUCAUG